AUGAGAAGCAUGGAAGUAGAGGUAAUGCUGGGCAUCCCUGCAGAGAAAGCAUGGGAAAUUUAUAGAGACUAUGACAUCAUUAACAAAAUAAACCCUGAAAUGCUCAUGAUGCUUUACAUUGAAGGAGACGGUUGUCGUGGAAGUCUCAAGCUCUUCAAACUUGGUCCAGUAACUCUCUGUCUCUGUAUGUGCUUUAUUCAAGUCAUUACAUAUUAA